AUGAGAGCUCGAAGAGACGAGAUUCGAGCCGCAAAGCGAGCGGAUAUAGCUAGUGGUGAUGCGUCUAUGUCGGCGUUGAGAGCAACGCGCAGCUUGCCGGGCAUCUACGCUCGCAUGGACGAUUUAGGAGAGGAAGAGCUGCAGUUGCUGGCAAAUCGCUUCCAAAAGUCUAAAGCUCCAAGUCUGAGUCAGACGCAGCUGAAUCCUCAUGGGAAAUAUCAUACUUGGUACGUGAAGGACGCGUAUCCGAUUGCCGGCUCGCAGCUGAAGCUCGAAAAGGAGCGUGAGAUGGAGAUCGCAGCCAAGAGAAAACUGCUGCUUACCGAUGCGUCCUUGGGCUUGGAACGUGCUCGUGGAUGCUCCAAGUUGGAGCAAUAUUUCAGUAAACUCACGACAUCAAUGAAAAGCGAGCAGGAGAAAGUGCGACAAACGGAGGAUGAGCGGCAGAUUCGACUGUGCGAGGUGCAACAUCGACAAGGACUGGAGCAGUUCUGGAGGUUGAUGCGUGCAGCUCCAAAAUGCGAAGUAAUUGCGUGGCUAACGUUCCACUCGUUCGUGGAUGUGAACGUACCUGUGAGUCUCGUUUCUAAUGGCAGUAUGGACAAGAUCAUUGUACGCGAAGACAGAACGUUGGGUGUCACUCCGCUGAUGGCUGCGUGUCGGUCAUUGUGUGUUGAACUUGUGCGCUGUCUGCUGGAUCAAGGUGCAGUCGUGUGGCUUGCCACUGCAAAUGGCGACACUGCACUCCAUUUCCUGUGGAGAGAUUGGACGCUGGGAGCUACCGAUACGAUCAAAGAUGUCGCCUCGCUAUUGUUACGAAGUCAACGGCUACAAGGCAUUGUAGUGGCUCUAAUAGCGCAAGGAGUCAAUGUCAAUGCCAAGAACGCAUUUGGGGAAACAGCUUUACAAUUCUGCGCUCGCUAUAAUCUGCUCGACUGUGCAAAAUUGCUACUAAGACACGGCGCCGAUGCUUUCACUCGUGAUCGAAAAGGACACUCUUCUUUGGAUUAUGCUCGCGACAAUCACUACGAGAGUCUUUAUCAAUUACUCCUGCAUUACAACACAAUAGAGCGAGUUGGUGCCAGAGAGAAGGAGCGACAAGAAGCAAUCACGCUGCUUGAUCGAAAUCGUGGAGCGUUGACGGCAACUUGGUCUCAAACACCAAAGAACUUCUUCUCCAAACUUGAGGUGGAACAGGCACGUGCUGGUCAUUUACGAAACCAAUACGUUGACUGCAGGGGCCAAGUGAUUGUUUGCCCUGACGAAGACGAGUGA